AUGAAGGACGUCCGGGCGCAGUCCAAGACGCGGCCGGUGCAAGGCGUACGGAACGAGGAAGUGGAUGGUUUUCUGUGCAUCUCCGUAUCGGUGAAAGACCGCGGGGGGAGCGACAUCCUGCCUUUGGAGAUCAUCGUGGGGGCCCCCUGCUACUGCUACCCUUCUGGUGCUAUGCUGUGUGUGGAUCCACAAGCCGAGGUACCCAACUGGGCCCAGCGCUCCCCGUGUGUGGUGGUUCAGAAUCUCACCGAAUCUGCGUCCUCCUAUGUGGUGCGAGGAUCGAUUCCCUUGACCAGUCAGGAGGGCGAUGGUUUGGCGGAGUAUCCCGUGUCCAAGCCCAUCCUCUUCAAGCAACAUGGGAACGAGGCCACCUGGAUGGAGGGCCAAAUUACCCAAGCGCCUUCGGCGGAGAACCAGUUCUGUCACGUGGUGAAAUUUCUCUCCGGAGAGAAGAAGGACAAGGAGAUGCCUUUGCACUUGGACGGGAUGAACAGCGGAAUCCGUGUGACGAACAUGACCUGCUCCGCCUACGAAGAAGAAGUCUCCAAGAUCAAGGCAUCGUCGGAAUCGUCGGGGAAUCUGCCAGCAGGGGGAUAG